UUAAGAUAUUUGUUUAACUUCCCUUCAUUUUCAUGGCUACUCAAAACACACCUUUCGAACUUGUCACUAAAGAAGUUGUUCUUAUCAAACCAUCAAAACCAACACCUUCCUCUACUCUUCCUUUAUCUACACUGGACAACAUACCUGUCCUUUAUAGCAUAUGCCACACCCUGCAUGUAUUUCAAUCAAAAACUCAUGAUCUUGAUGAACCUGUUUGCCCUAAUCACCAACUGCUAGAUCCUGCUGAUGUGAUUAAAGCAGCAAUUUCAAAGGCUUUAUUCUAUUAUUAUCCUCUUGCAGGUAGGCUAGUAAAGCACACUGAUGGAAACUUCAUGAUCAACUGCAGUGCAGAAGGUGUUCCAUUGUUGGAGGCCAGUGCUAGUUGCGAUCUUUCUUCUGUCCAUUUCUUGGAUGGCACUGACAUGGAAUGUGCAAAACAGUUAGUGUUUGACCUUCCUUCUCAAGAUGAAAGUGAAUACCAUUAUCCCUUGGUGUUCAAGGUGACAACCUUUACUUGUGGGGGGUUCACCAUUGGAAUGGGGCUGUUACAUACUGUUGGUGAUGGCGUUGGAGCAUCUCAGAUCUUGAAAGCCAUCAUGGAGCUUGCAAGGGGGGAAAGUGAGCCCUCUGUGAAGCCUGUGUGGGAGAGAGAGAGGCUAAAGGGAUCAAUCACUAAACAGCCAUUGGUAAUUGAUUCCGUGGAUGAGGCCUCGGCUGCAGUUUCACCCUUUCUUCCAAGUGAAAUUCUCGUGCAGGAGUGCAUUAAGGUUAACAGUGACAGCAUUAGAAGACUGAAGAUGAGUUUGAGGAAGGAAUCAGGUGAAAAGGAAAACUUCACUACUUUUGAAUCACUAGCUGCAUAUGUGUGGAGGUCUAAAUCUAGGGCAUUAAAAUUGAACUAUGAUGGGAAAGUUAAGCUGACUAUGGUAGUUGGAGUGAGAAAGCACUUGCAGGAUCCUUUGCCAGAAGGGUAUUAUGGAAAUACUGUUGUGGAUAUUGUGGUUGUUUUAACAGUGAGGGAACUGAAUGAAAGGCCACUGUAUGAGAUCGCGAAGCUCAUAAAAGAAAGCAAGAAAGUUGCUUGUAACAGUGAUUAUGUCAGAAACUACAUCAACACUUUAGAGACAGGAGUAACGAAUUCCAACAUUGGAGGGAGUGGUGCAAAUACUGCAUUGACUGAUUGGAGGUACUUGGGGUUCUUGGAAAAGUUAGAUUUUGGAGUUAAAGAACUUGUGAAUAUUUUACCAGUCCCUUCUGGCAUGUUUGAAUCCGUUGAUUUAUGCAUUUUCUCAUCUCUUUGCAACUUGGAUUCUUCAAUGGAGGGAGGGGUUAGUAUUUAUCAGUCCCUACCAGCUGCUGCAUUGCUCAAGUUCAAGGAGGAGAUGGAGGCUCUCAGCCUCUUGAUUUGAGCACUUACUAUAUAUGAAGUGAAUAAACCAACAUGAAAUGUGUGAGAUCUGUUCAUGCCACAUUCCUUUUAGGCAUUUCAUGUUUGUAUAAGUAUAAAAAUCUACUUGCUUUUUACUGCCUAAAGAC